UGACAAAAUAUACAAAUAGGUGGGUAAGCGAUAGGGAAGACGAAGAGAGGUAGAAAGAAGGCGAAAAGCUGAAACCAAGGUGUUGGAUUGCUAAAACGCGCCGAGUUCCUUCUUCACCGCCACUUCCUCAAAUCGCUCCUCCAAACCCUGAUUUAUUCGAUUAUUCCAUUCCGAAAAUGGAGGAUCUGCACCGGAUUCUCGAGCUUGCUGGACUGACGGUGUUUCUUCUCAUCGGGAGGCUAACCUGCGCCGACGCCGAUACGGCUCCGUCGCGCCCCCUGUGUGUGUUAGACUCCCUCAAAGACUCGUUCUUCGCUCCCCGGAGCGAUGUUUGUUACAUUAGUCGCGACCGAUUUUCUCACCCUGUCGGCGUGAUUGAGGGGAAUGAGGUUGCAUUGCAGAAGGCACUGCAUAUGGUCCACAAAAACGAAAAUGACUAUGCUUCUGUCCUCUUUUACUCGGCUAGGUGUCCUUUCUCUGGAACAUUUAGGCCAAAGCUUUCCGUUUUGUCUUCGAUAUAUCCUUCAAUCCCUCACUUUGCAAUCGAAGAAUCAUCAGUCAGGCCAAGCAUUCUGUCAAAAUAUGGAGUUUAUGGGUUUCCAACCUUGAUACUUCUAAACUCUACCAUGCGCAUGCGAUAUCAGGGCUCUCGCACUAUGGAAUCUCUAAUCGCUUUUUAUGGGGAUGUUACGGGCUUGAAUACAUCAUCUGCUGAUCCAGUGUAUCUGGAGAAGAUUAGAUGUUCAGGAUCCGACGAAAGGCACAAUACUCACCAGGAAACGUGCCCUUUCCCUUGGGCCCGAUCACCCGAGAAUUUGCUGCAGCAGGAAACAUAUUUGGCCUUAGCUACCAUUUUUGUGAUCAUGAGGUUACUUUACUGCACUUUCCCAACACUACACAGAUAUGGUCAGUUGGCUUGGAGGAGGUACAUCAUAAACGCGAGCUUCAGUGGCUUGUGGGAGCAUUCUGUAGUCCACAUCAAUCGACUCUUACAGCUGUUCAAAUCUCUGAACGAGCCCGGCAAGAAAAGCAAUCUGCAAGAAGGGGCUAAGAACGCCAAAGCUUGGGCGUCCAAGUCUCUAGCAACUGUCUCGUUCGGGGAUGCUAGCUCAAGCCAUAGCAAUGCUCAGUAAUCUCCACUGACCUCUAUCUACGUACUACAUUUCUUGAUAGCAGCUUUUCAAGCAGACGAAGAUGCCUCAUAGUAUCAUCGGAAUUUGAGCUACACAUGCCUGCACAAGGUCUUUACUGGACGAAGCCCCAACUAAGCCUUAUAAUCAGGAACAACAACAACAAUGUGGUACUCUCACAACCAUAAUCGAGGUUCAGUGCUUGCUGAUGUUGGCCCGCAUAUCUAUUCUUUACCGAAUUCUUUAGGUAGGUGUUUCAGGCGCUGCACGGCGCCACAUAUCUUGUGUUCUUGUAACCUAGUGCUGGUUUAGUUUCACCAACCCUGAAGAAUUGUUAUAUCUUUACCUUCAA